AUGGACACGCACGAAGAACUUCUACAUAAUUUUGUUUUUGCGAAAAGUCCUAUAAAUACUCAAGCACAACGAGAAAAGGAAAGCAUCUUCUGUCUGGAUGGUUUUCAUGCAGACAGAACUAAUAUCCAACAGUAUCCCUUUCAUCCUUCAUUCAUCUCACCCUGGACCCAGAGACCUGACCCAGUUCCCUCAGAAGAACCCCAUUCAGCAGUUCGCCCCUGUCUGAACCCCACCAUCCUUACAGUAUUUGGUUGCAAUACAAAGAGAAUUUCAAUUACCAGGAGCAACUGGAGAGAGGAUGAAGCUGAUCAGCGAUUCUACAUGCAUUUCAACACGGAGGGCCAAGAACAACAGGGACAGAACAGGUUAAGAGCUCGUCUGGUUGUCUGGCAGACGGCAGCAGCCUUCUCACUGAAUGGCUUGACUUACAGGAUUGUUUUUACAUGUAUAUUGGAAGUGCUGUGGGAAGGGAAAAAUUUGUAUCACCCCAACAUAACCACCACCAUUCCUGAGCCUGCCACCCGUGGCCUGCGGUUAUUCAACGUCCGCUGUUUUUCUCUGUUUACUGAAUAUGCACAGCUAGCUUCUCCGCCUGGUCAGAAGGGUCUAGGUGAAAGAGACCACCACGAGCGCCACAUUGUGUUGACUCAGUUGCCUUGCCUCAGGCGCGACAACAUCCCCUGA